AUGAAACACUUCUUAGCGCUGUCAUUUCUCCUUGUAGUAGCAGACGUCCAAGGAUACUCGGGUCUUCCUCAUCCUCUGGCUCUUGCUUCCUCAUUCUCCCAAAUCUACCACCAACUUGACAAGAUCAACCUUGGAAAUUGCUCUCUCGCAGAUGUAUCCCUCCCAUUGGACGCGACAAAGUCACCGCUUCCAGCACCAUCCACGAACUUGAGACUCAAAUACGUUGCGUUGGGCCGAGGAACACAGAACUAUACCUGUCCAUCGAAUGUUCCCUCGAAUUCACAAACUACCAUCAAGCCGCAAGCCAUAGGGGCAGCCGCUACACUCUUUGACGCCUCUUGCAUUGCAUCGUCAUCUUUAGCUCUCCUCCACGAAGUCCCCGCGAUUAUCAGCGCCACUCCUCUCGGAUCUCUCGCAUUCACGGCAGCCCUUGUGGCCCAGGGCACGAGAAGUGACAACAUCAUCAUUGGCGAACAUUACUUCGACGCUGGUGCAGACCCGGUCUUUGAUAUGGGACUGAGUGGCUCCGAUUUCUGGGUUGCUACUUGGAAAAUAGCCUCUACUCCAGCACCAAAAUCGACAUCGGGAUCCUCUGGCGAUAUUCCGUGGCUUAAGCUAGGAUACAAGAAGGGAAGCGGCAUUCAGGUAAGCUCAGGUUAUCCACGGCUACCAGAUCUGAGUAUACAUAUCUGA